AUGGCAUUCAGCAGGUCAGUUCACGAUAUCAUAGGGAUCCGGAGGCCAUACCUCGACACGGAUAUGCACAGCCGAUGGUUCGAUUUUGGAGGUGAUACCAUUAUCCGAACCGAUUCUUAUAUUCGGUUGACCUCCGAUCUCCCCUCUCAGUCUGGCUGGCUGUUUUCGCGCGUGCCUCUGACGGCCACGAACUGGGAGAUCGAGGUUGAAUUCAAAAUCUCUGGGAACAACCAGCUCUACGGCGAUGGCUUUGCUAUGUGGAUCACUAAGCAGCGCGGCCAGCCGGGUCCCGUCUUCGGAUCAGUUGAUCGAUUCGAGGGUCUCGGAAUCUUCGUCGAUACCUACAAGAACAACAGACCCGGAAUUGUCUUCCCCUACGUGAUGGCCAUGUACGGCGACGGCCAGCGUUCCUAUAAUAAGAACGACGACGGCAAGGAGACUGAGCUGGCCGGCUGCUCAGCCCGCGGCAUUCGACAUGCUACCGUGCCGACCAAAAUGCGUCUCACUUACAUCCAUGACAAGCAGCUGAAGCUUGACCUCCAGUACCAGCAGGAAGACGAGUGGACGUCUUGCUUCGUGGUGGACAAUCCUCCUCAAAUCCCCAACAUCGCCUACCUCGGAUUCAGCGCAGAAACCGGCGAGCUCAGCGACAACCAUGACAUCAUCUCCGUUUCCACCAAGAAUCUGUAUAAUACCCCCAUCAGCACAAAUGACCGAGCAGGACCGAGCAAGGGCCGGGCCUCUCAGGGCCACAUUAUCAACGGGAGUGGUAGCUGGACCUGGUUCCUCAUCAAGAUCAUGCUGUUCUUCGUUGCUGUUGGCGGUGUGUACGUUGGUUACACUGCUUACAGGGCGAAGAAUAAGAGCCACCGCUUCUAA